AAGUUCUGUUAUUCAGACAGUAAGUAAUGUCUGGUUGCUCAAAGGGAUCUCGCUCUAUAUUGUUUUAAACCAAAACAGAUUUUUAACGCGUUUAUUUAUAACAUUACUGUGGUUAGGUAUGGAUGAAGAAAAUGACACACCACUCAUUAAAAUCGAACCAAAACACGAAGAAGAAAUCCAUUCCUUCCUUCAUGGACACAUUUCGGUUCACCUUUUAACUCGGUGUAAAACAGUGUCCAAAGAUUUUAAAUGUGCUAAUUGUGAUUAUGGGACAAACGUUAAAGGUAACCUCAAACAACAUCUUUUAAAACAUAAAGUUUAUAAGGAUUUUAAAUGUGAUACUUGUGAUUAUAGGAUAAAUGUUAAAGGUAGAAUCAAACAUCUUUUAAAACAUAAAGUGUCUACGGAUUUUAAAUGUGGUAAUUGUGAUUAUGAGACAAACGUUAAAGGCAACCUCAAACAACAUCUUUUAAAACAUAAAAUUUAUAAGGAUUUUAAAUGUGAUACUUGUGAUUAUGGGACAAAUAAUAAACAGCACCUUAAAAGACAUAUCUCAACACAUAAUGUCUCUAAAGAUUUUAAAUGUGCUCAUUGUGCGUAUGAGACAAAUGCUGAACGGAACUUCAAACAUCAUCUUUUAAAACAUAAAGUUUCUAGGGAUUUUAAAUGUCCUGAUUGUGAUUAUGGGACAAAUGUUAAAAGCGAUUACAAAAAACAUCUUCUAGUACAUAAAGUUUCUAAAGAUUUUAAAUGUGCUCAUUGUGAUUAUGAGACAAAUGUCAAAGACACCAUCAAGCGGCAUCUUUUAAUACAUAUAGUUUCUAAAGAUUUUAAAUGUGUUCAUUGUGAUUAUGAGACAAAUGUUCAACGCAACUUUAAAAAUCAUAUUUUAAAACAUAAAGUUUCUAAAGAUUUUAAAUGUGCUUCUUGUGAUUAUGAGACAAGUAACAAAGCCCACUUCAAACGACAUCUUCUAAAACAUAAAGUUUCUAAGGAUUUUAAAUGUGCUGAUUGUGAAUAUGGGACAUAUAAUAAAUACCUCUUCAAGCGACAUCUUUUAAAACAUACCGUAUCUAAGGAUUAA